AAUUUCUUCAGUUUAGAGUUUCAACGUGAAAAGGUGAAAGUGUUAUUUUGAUUGUUGUGUACUGAAAGUGGUACAUAGAUAGACAUGAUGAUACUAACAUCACUUUUGACCGCAAUUCUACUUACCUCGCUAACUCCAUCUGCCAUCGCUGUCAUAAUACAAUCUUCAGACGAGUUCUUGGACAGCUGGUUUUCGUCCGAAUGCAGAGUUCACCGUGGCCGAUUCUCAGAGCUCGAAAACAAAACAACGAUUCGAAUUGAAGACGGCAAACCAUCAGAUGAAGAUCUGGAGUUACUUCCGAGUUUUAAAACGAAAAGUUUACUUAUUUUCAGUGGAAGCAUGAGACAACUAAUAUUAGCAUCAUCAAUUGAACAUCUGCAUGCGACAUGGUCUUCAAUAGAGCAACUAUUGAUUGAACCAAGUGGUAUAAACUAUCAGAUCGAGCACUUAAUAUUAUACGAUUGCAAACUAAAUGCAUUGCCGACUAACUUGCAUCGCUUACGGCUGCUAAAGAAAUUGGAAUUAGAUCAUAACCAUAUUGAGUCGAAAGCUAUGAGUAAAUUUGACUCGAUGAAGCAUUUGGAAAUAAUUUCGCUUGGAGGCAAUAACAUUAAAACCAUUCAAACUAUGUCGACCAUAAACUUACCAACGCUUCGAAAGUUUAUGCUGUACAAUAAUCAUCUAUCUGAAAUAGACAUCUGUUGGUGGAGUAUGUCUGCUCUGGAAGAGUUGUCCCUGAUGGAAAAUAAACUAAAAUACGUCGUCAGCUUGAGUUCCCAAUUUCCAAAACUCAAAUCUCUUCACAUAGGUGCAAAUCCACUCAAUUGUUUAUGGCGAGAUUCAAUGCUGGAAGAUAUGAGACAAGCUGGUAUAACGGUAGAAGACAUGGAUCAUGUGUCCUGCGAUACUAAUAGCAACAAUAUUCAAAUUUCACCUGACUGCACUGUAAAGACCGAUCCAAGCUUGGACUUAAAAUGGCACAUAACUGAGCUGCAGAAAUAUUUUCAGAAUGCGACAAGCUACCUGGCUGCCAAGUUGAGAGAGCAAAAUGAUAUGAUCGUGAACCAGGGAAGACUUUUACUAAGACAGAGUGAAAUGAUUACAAAUCUGAAAAGCUCGGCGGAUGGCUUGAGAAAGGCUAUUCGGCAGUAUUUAUUUAGAAAUGCAGAAAUGGCAGACUAA